AUGUUUGGCGAGCACGAAUCCGAGAGCCCUCGCGUUCCCAGCCCGUGGGACCCUUUCCUUCCGUCCCCGCCCGCCGAGUGCGCCGUCGACCCCAGCAAACUCAUCCACAACGGUGUACCCAAGCUCGUGCCCGAGGCAGACGAGGGCAAUGUAGAGUACAAGCUGAAACUCACCAACAUCUCACCGGCUCGAUUCGCCCGUUUAGUAACGCAGCUGAAAUGGAGGCUGCUCGAGGGCGGAGGUCAAGCGUACUACGAGCUCGGUGUCGCCGAUUCUGGUGCUCUCAUCGGUCUGACGCGGAACGACCUGGAGCGGUCGCUAGAGACCCUCGAAAUGAUGGCGGGCGAGAUCGGCGCGUCCGUCAUCGUGGUGAAGGAGAUCGAAAUUCCGCCUGCGAUGUACGCGCUAGCUGAGGAAGUUAGCAAAUACCUUGACCCGGAUACGGGCGAGUGGACACGAAAGAUGAAGAGAAAGGCUGCCCUACCUAAGGGUGACGAUUCUACGACGACGACUGAGACGGAGACGGAGCUAUCUACGACGGACCUGACCGACUUCGACGACUUUUCUUCCUCCAGCACGGAUCUCAUCACACCCGCGGAUCUUUCACGCAACCCUCCUACUCCGAAUUUGGCAUACAUUCAGGGUCGUCGUGCCUCCUCGAAUCCCAACCGUCCUGCAGCGGAGUCCUCGCCGUUCAUCGAGGCAAUCGAUGACGACCUCGCACUGUUCUCCAUGGAGCCUGAGUUGCCGCACUCAGUCGACCGGGUCCCAGAUGACCUCGCACUACCGGCUGCUAUCUCCCUCGUUGUCGACAUAGAGAUCGCCUCAGUCUUCAAGCCGCGCCCGAUGCGCCGGCGCGAAUUGCCCGCCGUCAAUCCUGUUUCUUCGUUUGGGAGACAUGACCGGCGUCAGAAGUACAAGGGGAUGGAGAAGACGACGCAGCCGUGGCAUAAAGAUGCGGGCGAGGAAGAUACCCUUAGCAAUGGGGCACUCCCGCCAAAUAGACAAGAGGCAAAGAUGGCACAGCGCCGGCUGGCGAGGGAUCGAAAGCGGGAGGAGAAACGGAAAGCAGUCCCUGCGUUGGGCGGAGGCACAUUACCAGACGCGGUGUCCUCGCUUGGUGAGAUGCCCGCCAUUGUCGCGCCCCCACAGCCGUGUAAGGCGCCCGUGGAGGUGGACGGACUGGCGCAGAAACUCGAUGAACUUCAAGUCACAGCCAUUGACUUUCCCGCUUCUGUAGUGGAGGUUGUAGUGCAGGAUGCGCAUGAGCCCCCAGCUGAACAGAAACGGGAGCCGCGGCUGAUUGUCGAGGCACUGGUUGUGCGCAAGCUAUCUAUUGAGGAGGCAUUCCUUGAUUUCGGGGGGUUCCAAUUAGUCUAG